AUGGGGAAUACUCCGACUCACUAUAAAAGACGCUUUUCUGGAGACGUUUGUGGCAGACUCCCUAACUCAACACCACCUGGUGUCAGUGUUACUAUCCCUCCACCGAAAAAACGAAAUACUCAUAGUUUGACAGAUUUAUCACGUUCUGCUCCAGCCGAUUAUCCUAAUAAUGAAAUGUCAGUAAACGACGACAAUGUUAGUCCUAAUGACAAAGAUACAAUCUCAAUUGAUGAAGCUACGUCAAUGAUGCGAGCUGCCAGUCUACGUGAACCUAUCAAUAUAAUCGAUGCUCAUGAUAAUCCUGAUGAUAAUAAUCGGUUAUACAAUGUGCUACCAUCUGCCAAAAUGGUAACGUCAACAAUUUCUAGUGGUGAUGAGAAAAUUUCCAAUGUUCUUCACGAAAGACCAUCUAGUGCAGGUCCAUUAUAUUCAACAGAUGAACAAAUAAUGUAUAAGCAUAGUCAACCACAAAUCAUUUUAAAUAAUGUUUCAAGAGAUCGUGCAAGAACUUUACCAUCCAGAAAGUUGGUUGGCUUAAAACUUCCUACUGUUUUUCGAUGGAAUGGUGGUGGUAAAGAUAUAUAUAUUAGUGGAACCUUUAAUAACUGGGAGAAAAGAAUCCCUAUGGUUAAAAGAAACUCAGGAGUUUACGUAAUUAUUGAUUGUAAACCUGGUAUUCAUCAAUAUAAGUAUUUCAUUGAUGGGGCAUGGUAUCAUGACCCAACUAAAAAAACGGGGUCUUUGGCACAAGAAAUUCAAAAAGCUAGAGAGCAUAUCAAAACAUCCUUGGAUCGCGUUGCUGUAUCCCGACCUUUCGACGUUGGACGUCUUGAUGAACUUGAAAAACUUGUUACCAGUCUUGUUAGUCGCAUAUCAGAUCUGGAGUCACGCAUAAGCACUAUGAAGUUGAGUAAUGAUCCUCAUGAUGUAGUUGGAGAAAAAUCAGAUUCAGAGCCUGAUCUAUUUGGUUCAGACAGCGAGGAGGAUAAAGAAGCUGAGCGUAUCAGGAGUGAGAGAGAAGCCGAAUACCUUGCAAAAAAAGCUCUAAAGCCUGUUGUGGCGGCAAAGUCAAGUAUCACCCUCGAUGUGAAACCAUGGGAUGAUGAAGUAGAUAUGGAAGAACUUACCUCUUUGGUGAAAGGUAUUAAAGUAGAUGGCCUUUUAUGGGGUGCAUCCAAAUUAGUGCCCAUCGCUUUUGGCAUAAAGAAGCUCCAAAUCUGUUGUGUCGUUGAAGAUGACAAGGUUGGAACUGACUUCCUUGAAGAAUCUAUAAAGGAAUUUUCGAAACAUGUCCAAUCUGUAGAUAUUGUAUCAUUCAACAAGUUGUAA